AUGGCGAACUUGGGGCCCCUGACCACGACGUUUAUGCCAUUGCCCGAGUGCACCACCGUCUUCUCCGGUAUCGUCUACACCCAAAGCCUUGACGAUGGAAACGCCUUGACCCAUCAUUGCUGCCCCGCCCCAUCUAUAAGUUCGACGUCUGUUCCCAGCCAGACGCUUGAGAACAUCAGCGCCAAUAUAACACCGCCAUUUCCAGAGAGCGCAAAGAUCGGUAUUGGUAUAGGGGCCGGGGCCUUGGCGAUGACCUGCAUCGCUGUCGGCCUGUGGCUGUGGAGUAUAAGUGGCAUACGGGAUAGGGGUAGGGAGCCAGCGAAACAGACUGGCCUGGUCGUUCAAAUCAGGAGUCCCGUCUCUGCCGUCUUUCCCGUCAUCCCUAAUACGCCACAGGAGAUGUACGGGCACUUCCAGCUGAACGAGCAGGAGUUAAGCGGCGUUGCGGAGCUGGUUGGGUUGCCUUCGGGGAGCGAUAAGGAGGCGUUUUUUUAA